AAAAUUAUAUUUGUACUGUGUCGAUUGUGUCAAUAUUAAAAAACAAUGCAUUUAAUUAAAGUCCAUAGAACAUUUUCCAAGAUAAAAGGAACUGUAACAAGACCAUAUUCACAUGCUGCUGCCUUAGAACAAAAUGAAUACACAAGCUCACCUCAUUAUCCGCCUAUUUUGGACAUGUCGAUUAGGGCUCGAAAAUUUCGUGAAAGAGGGACACUUCAUAGAAAAAUUCAACAAAUAAAUACUGUAGAAGCAAAACAGAUAGCAUUAAACAUGCCUCGGUAUUAUGGCUGGAAGUGUGUUAUGCUACAUGAAAAUAUAAUACCUUACAAUGCAAUGCCUCUAGUCCAGUGUUACACGAGAACCCACUUUAUGCCAAUAGAAAAGCUUCCCGAAGCAUACAGUGAAUUAAACGAGUUAGCGGAUGUAGUAGUUCCAGAAAUAAAGUCACAAAUAGAGGAUGCAAUAGCAAUAGAAAGUUCAGGCAUACAGAGAAAUUACACAAUCACUCCAGGAAUGUCUGAAGCAGCACAAAAGGAAGAUGCAUUGGCUAAAUCCAUUGUGAAACAAAUCAACAGGAUUAUAACAAAUAACUUAACAGACAAAGUGGCCCACAUUCUGUCAACUCAGGUGGAUUAUGAUCCAAGACAUGAAGCAUUUUGGUUUGUGGGUGGUGUUGAUAUACCACGAAAGGUAAUCAAAUGGAGACAACAGUACAAUUGGUUGAAGGGCAGGCUUUUUGAAAAUAUUGAUAGACCUGUACAAUAUUUAGGUUCACCAUUUUUAGCAGUCAGAAGUCGACUGCCACUAAAACCACUAGUACCCCACAGCGAAGCAGAAAAUCCAGACUUUAAAGUACAAAAAUUUUCUUAUGCGCCUAUCACUGUGGGUUACAGGGAGCAUUACAGACAUGGAGCUAACAUGCCAGGUUUCUGGCCAGGUGAUUACGAUGAAUUUGGCCUCUUAUCUGUUCAUGGCAGAGGACAUAUUCUAGCCCGAAAACAAUCUUAUGGACCUGAAGAUAAUUUGGGAGCUUUGCAUUGUCAAGCAAUGAAGUCCAGUUUUGGUUGGUUGCUAGCCCAGGCAAACUAUCAAGGCUUCACAACUUACAAUGAUAUAACAUAUCCUUUAGUAACACAAACUGUUAUUACAAAUGGACAGCUAUGGUCUCUGUAUGCUUAUCAGUUAAAUACUAUUGUAAUGCAUAAUGAGCAAAUGCAUCUAAAUCCUAAGCAUAACAUAUGCUUUGGCAACCCACUUAAGCUGUAUGAGACCAUUGAAAAUGGAAAAGUUAAAGGGUUAAAUGAAGAUCUCUUAAAAAUGUUGGUACAAUUUUAUUUGAAUGCUCCUGAAGAAAGAGAACAUGAAAUGAAACCAUAUCUUGGUAAAGAGAUGAAGGUUAUUGCUGAUAUUGAAGAUGAUAACAAGAGAGAGUGGCUUGAAUCAACAUUUAAACAUUUAGCUUCAAACAGACCCAGACACAACUUGUUGCCUGAAACAUACCUUUGGGAACAAAUCUACAAAAUUGAACAUAACACAAGAUUCUUUGAAGAAAAAGAAGGCCUUUUGAAUGCGGAUUAAUCCAUUCAAAAGAAGGUUGACGAACAUCUGCCACCUUAUAUUCCAAAAGCGUUGCGAGCUUUUCCUAAGAGUAAAAAGAAAUUUGAGAAAACUUAUUAUCCAAAAGUCUAACUUUAUUUAUAAGAAACCAUUGAUUUGUAGUGAUCUAGUUAUUGUUAUUAAUAUGUUUAGUAAUAAAAUAUCUUAACGUA